GGAGAAAGCCCCAUGCUUUUAUUUUUGUUUACUGCUCCAGUCCCAUGAACUUUCGUUUACAAAUCCUUUCUCACAUUAACAAUUUUAAUCGCAACAAUGGUGGUUAGCGCUAGAAACCUAAGAAGUUUAAGAAAAUGCCAGCAAUCCAACUGCCAGAAUGAAACACGCGAACUGAUAAAUCACUUCUCGACCGCCAUGCCCAUUGUUUCUCGGCCUAAGUGGGAACUCCGGUUAACAAACCACACCAUUCGCGCUUUGAUCCGAAGCGGCAGGCUUGAAGAUGCACGAAACAUGUUCGAUAAAUUAAAGCAGAGAGACAUUAUAACGUGGAAUUCUAUGAUCAUGGGUUACACGCAGCGCCUGGAAGUAGUGACUGCUCAGAACUUGUUCGAUCAAAUGCCUGAGAGAGACGUUGUUACAUGGAAUUUGAUGAUUUCGUGCUACAUGUCUAGUCGGAGGACUGAAUACAUAGAAUAUGCAAGAUACUUGUUUGAUCAAAUGCCCAGGAGAGAUGUCAUUUCCUGGAAUACGAUGAUAAGUGGUUAUGCGAAGAUUGGGCAAAUAGAUGAAGCAUUGAGGCUUUUUUAUUGUAUGCCUGAGAAGAAUGUGGUGUCUUGGAAUGCAGCUAUUUCCGGACUUUUGCAGAACGGGGAUGUAAAAGCUGGUAUUGAACUUUUCAAGAGAAUGCCAGAAAGAGAUGCAGCUUCUUUCAGUGUACUUGUUUCAGGAUUGGUUCAGAACGGGAAACUGGAUGCUGCUGCAAAUGUACUGUACGAUUUUCAGACAAGUGGUGAUACAAUCAUUGAUCUGGUUUAUGCUUAUAACACCUUGAUUGUUGGGUAUGGUCAGAAGGGCAUGAUCAAAGAAGCUAGGUGCCUUUUUGAUCAAAUACCAUGUUAUACGAGCAAGGGUAGAAGUUUUGGGAGAAACAUAGUAUCGUGGAAUUCAAUGAUCAUGUGCUAUGUAAAGGCUGGGUACAUAAAGUCUGCCAGGAAGCUUUUUGAUCGAAUGGUCGAAAAGGACACUGUUUCUUGGAACACGAUGAUUAGUGCUUAUGUCCACACCUCAAAUAUGAAAGAAGCUUCAAAACUACUCACUAAAAUGCCAAAUCCAGAUAUAUUUUCAUGGAAUUUAAUAGUCUCAGGAUAUGCACAAGGAGGCAACUUAGGACUUGCUUAUAAAUAUUUCCAAAGGAUACCCAAGAAGACAUGCGUCUCCUGGAACUCUAUUAUAGCAGGAUGUGAGAAAAAUGCAGACUAUGAAGGCGCUAUAAGACUUUUCGUUCAGAUGCAACUGGAAAGAGUGAAACCUGAUAAGCACACAUUAUCUUCACUUCUAGGUGUGUGUGCAGAAUCUAUAGAUCUGCAUCUUGGUAUGCAGAUUCAUCAGUUGGUGGCAAAAAGUGUUCUACCUGAUGUGCCCCUAAACAACUCCCUCAUUACUAUGUAUGCCAAAUGUGGGGCUAUAGUGGAAGCAAGGUCCAUUUUUGACAAAAUGAAGUUUCACAAAGAUGUGAUAUCUUGGAAUGCCAUGAUUGGAGGGUAUGCAGCCCAUGGCCUUGCAAGAGAAGCAUUUGAACUUUUUAACACAAUGAAGGAGCUUAAUGUGAAACCAACUUAUAUUACAUUUAUUGCAGUUCUUUCUUUAUGUGCUCAUGCAGGUCUGGUGGAAGAAGGCCGUUUCCAGUUCAAAUCCAUGGUCUACGAAUUUGGUAUUGAACCAAGGUUGGAGCAUUUUGCGUCUCUAGUGGAUAUUGUAGCCCGUGAUGGUCGAAUUGAGGAAGCCAUGGGAAUAAUAAAGAAUAUGCCGAUUGAUCCAGAUAAGGUUGUGUGGGGAGCAUUAUUAGGUGCUUGCAGAGUGCAUAAUCAUCUGGAGUAUGCAAAAACAGCAGCUGAAGUGUUAAUGGAGCUUGAACCAGAGAGCUCUGGCCCUUAUUUACUGCUAUACAACAUGUAUAUUGAAGCUGGAAGAUUGGAUGAAGCAAAUGAAAUUAGGAUGAGGAGGGAUAGAAAUAGUGUGAAGAAACAAUCAGCAUACAGCAUUGUGAAUUCUAUCCAUCCUUAAUUUUUUUGUCCAAUUGACAUCCUUGUUACAAUUACUACAUGUAGAAUGGAUGCCUGCACAUUUGACUAUGCCUUACAAGUACUACAUGUGGAAUGGAUGCCUGCACAUUGGCUAUACCAUCACGUUUCCCCAGCAUUUGGUAACCAUGUUGGGCUCCAGCUAGACAGCUAGUCUACUCCCAAACUGAUUGCAGACACUAAUUGGAAGUAGGGUUCAAACCAAACUGAAAACCGAAUCGAUACAUCGGUUUUGAAGAAAACCCCAAACUGAAAUUGAAUGUCUAAUUUGGAACUGAAAUUCUUGGAGCAGUUUUGGGUUCAGAUCGGCUUAAACCAUUCAGAAGUCGGGGGAGUACUCCGCUUCAAUCACGAAGCUCUAGCUGAUGUGGCUCAAUAAAAGCCUUUGGUCUCAGUCAACAUGACUAAUUGACAGACAUGGAUAAUGCUCUGUGUCCAUUGCAAAUGUGAGUAGUUUCCAGUUUUCUGAAAUAACAUUUCAUUAGUUAUUUUCGUUCAAGCUAAAGCGUUUUGGUAUUUUAAAGAAAACUAAUGUCCUAUACAAUAUUUAUUCAAUUAUUCUGAGUUUUUUUUCAUGUAUUUAAAACAAAUGUACUAUGUGUAGUUACACCCCAUUGGUAUAGAGAUACAUCUGGCGUAUCAUUUCCUAAUUUUCCUCUCCAGCGGUAACCUUUUUGGAUCUUGCUCUUAAAUAUUAGACGCUGAUAGGAGGAACAGAAGACUGGCAGGUGGCACAUUGCCACGAACCUCUGGUUAGCGGAAGCAAACAUACAGGAAUUCAAAGAAAUAAAGUGUGCAUCGUAGGAAAAUAGAGCUGUCUUUUAUACUUCCCAGAAAUUAUUAUUCACUGCUUUCACAGUCCAAGAUAUUUGGAUACUACAUACUAGUGUUGGGUAUAUUGAUCAUGUCCCAACUAUGCAAGUGUAAUCCAGUGACCUUAGAGUGCAAUUCCAAGAUCGAGCCUAUCUCUAUAUCCCACUGGACAGUAGUAUUCCUUGACCCGUAUGGCUCUUUUAUGAAUAUACUAGUUUUUUCGCUUGUGUGUAGCACCAGAUAAUCAGUUUUCC